AAGCAAGAGAGAGGGCGAUCUGAGACACUAACGACGGAAACAGUUGUGCUGAGCACGUCCCUGACGCGAUAGGAGAGAGCGCCAGACGGUUAGCUACGCUGACGAAUACCCCACAUCGGGAUAGAGGCGCGCCUGUUAUCUGACAAUCCCGUCGCCUCCUCUCCUCUACGGAGCAUCAGAUGCGCGCUGCAUCACCCUCCUCCUUGCGCAUGAUCGGUAGUGUACGCAUCUCAUCUGCUGGGAGUCAAAACAGCCACUGAGGCAACAUCCUGCGUCCAGAUCUUUUCUGUUAUCGUUGUCUAAUUACGGCCCAGCCGUAAGCGCAGGAUGAGAGGUCUGUCUGUCCUGGUGGCUCUCAGCUCCGUCGCCCUGACCUACGCCCUCGGUGGAGAUAUGUGUGUGUCAGGACAUGACAGCGGGCCAGUGUUUGAGGAGCAGCCUGUGGGCCUGAUCUACCCGGAGGGUCUGAACGAGGGGAAGGUGACCCUGAGCUGCCAGGCUAGAGCCAGUCCUGCUGCCUCCUACAGGUGGCAGGUGAAUGGCACAGAGGUGAUUCUGGGUGCUGACCCACGGUACUCACUGGUGGCCGGCAACCUGGUGAUCACCAACCCACAGCAUGACCAUGACGCCGGGUCCUACCAGUGCCUGGCCUAUAACCGAUGUGGCACCAUCAUCAGCCGGGCUGCCAACCUCAAGUUUGGCUACUUGCAUGACUUUCCACCACAGAACAGGACUCCACAGACGGCCCAUGAGGGUUCCGGAACCUUCAUAGCCUGCCAGGCUUCUGCCCACUACCCCGCCCUCUCUUACCGCUGGUUCCUCAACGAGUUCCCAAGCUUUGUGUCAUCGGACGGCGGCCGCCUCUUUGUCUCCCAGGUGACGGGCGACCUCCACGUGGCCAAGACCGCGGCCAACGACAGUGGCAACUACUUCUGCUUCACCACCAUCAACAUGGACAUCAGCACCAAGAGCAUCUUCAGCAAGGCAGUGCCACUGACCGUGCAGCCCGAUGCAAACCCCAGGAAGUCCGCCCCCAGCAUCCGUGUGCGUUUCCCCGCUGAGACCUAUGCGUUGGCCGGGCACACCACUCAGCUGGAGUGCUUCGCCUACGGCAAUCCCGUGCCCAAGCUGCGCUGGAGGAAGGUGGACAGUGUCCUGCCGGUGAAGGCUCUGGUCAGCUCAGAGGGCUCCAUCCUGACGCUGCCUGAGCUGGGCUUUGAGGAUGAGGGCAUGUACGAGUGUGAGGCCUACAGCUCGGAGGGCAGAGACAUCUACCAGGGCCGCAUCACUGUGCAAGCCCAGCCAGAGUGGUUGCAGGUGAUGAGUGACUCUGAGGUGGAGAUCAGCUCAGAGCUCCAGUGGAGCUGUCUGGCAGCAGGCAAGCCCCGGCCAUCUAUCCGCUGGCUCCGCAACGGACAGCCCCUUACCACACAGGCCAGAGUUCAGGUGAAGAACGGCCAGCUGAAGAUCAGCAACCUGGCACUAGAGGAUUCUGGGAUGUACCAGUGUGUGGCGGAGAACAAGCAUGGCACCAUCUACUCCAACGCAGAACUUAGGGUUCAAGUCCAGGGCCCGGACUUCCGGCUGAACCCGGUGCGGAGGCUGGUGCCUGCGGCGCGUGGCGGACAGGUGCGGAUCGAGUGCAAGCCGCGUGCCGCGCCCAAACCCACGCUUUUCUGGAGCCGCGGCACCGAGCUACUCGUCAACAGCAGCAGGGUGACAGUGACUGCCGAUGGCGUGCUGUAUAUCUACAACAUCAGCCGUGCCGACGAGGGCAAGUACACCUGCUUCGCAGAAAACUCUUUGGGGAAAGCCAACAGCACUGGACAUCUUUCUGUGAGAGAUGCCACUAAAAUCACCCUGGCACCGUCUAAUGCGGACAUCAACCAGGGUGAGAACGUGACCCUGCAGUGCCAUGCCUCCCAUGACCCCACCAUGGACUUGACCUUCACCUGGUCCCAUAACGGCGUGCCUCUGGACCUAGAGGACCACAGUGGCCACUACCAGCGUGUAGAGGGGAAGGAAACGAUCGGUGACCUGGCGAUUGUGAACGGGCAGCUGAGUCAUGCAGGCACCUAUACGUGCGCCGCACAGACAGUCGUAGACACGGCCACCGCCACCGCCAAACUAGUAGUCAGAGGCCCCCCGGGUCCUCCGGGAGGUCUGGUGGUGAAGAGUGUAAAUGAGACGUCCGUGGAGCUGCGCUGGAGCCGUGGCUAUGACAACCACAGCCCCAUUGGCAAGUAUGUCAUCAUGAGCCGCUCAGAUCCCUCGGCCCCCUGGAAGAGAAUGAGGACAGAUCCAGACAACAUUGAGGGAAACGCGGAGUCAGCGCGUGUCAUCGGUCUUCGACCCUGGAUGGACUAUGAGUUCCAGGUCAUCGCCAGCAACAUUCUUGGCAGUGGCGAGCCUAGCAUGCCCUCUCAGACCAUCCAGACCAAGCAGGCAGCUCCCACCGUGGCACCAAGUGGACUAGGAGGGGGAGGUGGCGAUCGCUAUGAGCUCAUCAUCACUUGGACGCCCAUGGCCAGGGAGUACCAGAACGGAGACGGCUUUGGCUACAUCCUGGCUUUCCGGCAGCGCAACACCCAGGCCUGGACCAUUGUGCGGGUGCCAGGGGUGGAGUCCUCGCGCUUCGUCUACACCAACCAGACCCUGACACCCUACAGCCCGUUUGAGGUCAAGAUCAAGGCCUACAACAGGAUGGGUGAAGGGCCCUUCAGCCAGGUCGCCCAGGUGUACUCUGCUGAAGAAGAGCCUACAGUGUCCCCCCGCAGGGUGAGCGCUGAGGCCCUGUCUGCCUUUGACAUGAAGGUGUCCUGGGACCCUGUCCAGCAGUUGCCCACCAACGGCAUUCUCAGGGGCUAUGAGAUCCGUUACUGGCGCCAGCAUGAGCGGGAGGCUGCUGCUGACCGCGUUCGGACAGCCGGGCUGGAGACCAGUGCCCGGGUGGCCGGCCUGAGGCCCAGCACCCUCUACCACGUCACCGUGCUGGCUUACAACAGCGCCGGCACCGGCCCUGCGUCCCCCAGGACCACCAUCAUUACCCGCAAACCACCCCCCAACCGUCCUCCUGGCAACAUCUCCUGGAAAACAGAUGCAUCAUGGGUAAUUGUGAGAUGGGAUCCAGUGAUGGCCAUGGAUAAUGAAUCAGCAGUGUUGGGCUACAAGGUCCUAUAUAAACAUGAAGGCCAGUCCGCCCUAAAGGUGCUAGACAAAGGUCAGACAUCAAUUCGGCUGCCGCUGCCCAAAGACAACGGUUACGUUGUCCUAGAGGUGCGGUCAUGGGGCGAGGGAGGGGACGGUGCGGCCCACGAGACAAUUGUGUCCCGGGACUCAGGUACUGGAAUGAUGGUACAGAAUAGAGCAGGCCUGAUUCAUUCCCAGAAUGCCUUGUUUCUGGUCACAGCUGCAUUGUGGGGACUUUCUGUCAUCAUCACUCUAGAACUGUGAUUUCCACCAGUCUUUGAGCUGCCUAUUUUUUUGUUUGUUUGUUUUUUGGUCUCUUUUUCACCUGUCCCAAGUCUACCAGCUUCUAAUCCUGUAUCAUCACAGGACAUGUUGGAAACAUCCUGUUGUUUUGGACCAGGAGAUCCAAAGAAAGGUAAUGGCCGGCAGGUUUUUAUUCAUUUUUUACAUAAAAGAAAAAACAAACAAACAAAAACCUAGACUUAGAAAUUAAUAGCUGUAUUGGAUUUAAGCAGAAGCUGGCUUUGAUUGUGCACAGGUAAUAUUGUCAGUAGAAACUUGCCUUAUGGGAACAAACCAGGUGUGUUUGGGUUUGUUUGUCCCCACAGAAAUACCCCUGGUUCCUCCCACACUUGUUUCCUUUUAUUUUCUCCACUGCCCAUGGCUUUCUUUCAACUAUAUGAUGUAAGGGUCAAAGUGUGAUAAUAACACAGUCUGGCUGUGAGGGUCUGAUAAUGAAAGCAGAGGCUUCUUGACCAUGCCUGCUGAUGAAUUUUUCUCAAGCAAAUCAGUGCUCUGUUUGAUGUUUCUAUUUUGUUUUCUAUUUAUUACUUGUUUAUACUGUAAUUAAUUUUGUAUGUGACAGAUGAUACAUGAUUUAUUAAUGAAUUGGAUGGGACAGGCUGUUGGAUUUUUCUAAUUCAGUAACAUUAUCCAAGCUGUUGCAUGUAAUAUAACCUUAUAUUAUGCUGUGUACUUCACUUGAAACAUCUCCCAUAGUCAGCAGUGUGUAUCAUCACUUGAAGCAACUGAUUGGAUAGUUUCAAAUUACUUUAUUUUAAUAAAAUAUUUUUUUUGUUACUGUAUUACAACCAUUGUUGCAGAACAUACAUGGUAGUUCCUGGAAUGUCAUCCAAGAUAUCCCAUCAACAGCCCCGCUUUUGUCAAAUGUUGUAUAAUACUCUUGUUAAUUAUUAGUUGAUUGGCUAGGUACUACCCAGAUAAGGGUUUAGAUUACAUUGUUUCUUAUCCAAUGCACUCUCGCCCAAAUAAAGGCUAAGUAUGAUGACACGCAAGCAAGAAGCAAAAGCAAGGUCUACAGAUAGCAUGCCUGUGUAGCUGCACAUCUCUGGCCUUGUGGGAAUAAAUGGAGGAUGAAGAUGGCAGCCAUCCAGUUGGAAAUCAGGUGUUACUUUACUAAAGUGGGACCAUAAAUGCUAUUUAAAGUGUAAACCCUGGUGAGACUGUGAGAUGUCCUUUCUAGAACAAGGAUCUCAAUAUUUUCUUUUUGUGUCACUAUUGCAGGGAGACAGCAUUUCAGUCAUGUACUCAUGCCAGAUAUUUAUGUACUUUUGUUAAUUACUGUAUUAUAUUGGAUACUGUUGGACCAAGAUAAGCCCAAACGUACUCAGCAAAUGAUGUGUUUCACUCUUGUGCUCUGCAUUCUAAAGACCAAGACAUUCUUGAUACAAAUGUAAACUUGUACAACAGUGUUAACUCUGUGCCUAAUGAAACACAGGGUGGUUUUCUAUUCAAGUGAGUCGUGACUUUUUUUGUAAUAUUAAUGAUAACAAAAGUUUUUUUGUAUGUGAUUAACAUCCAGAUAGAGGCAGCUACUCACACCGUGAAUGUUAAAGCCUCUUGAGUUUCUUAGUUGUUUCUUAAAGAGAAAUAUAGUUGUUCAAACAUGUGACGAUUCGAAUAUGGCCAUUUUAGCAUUGCCUUCUGUACAACUGUGAAUAGAUUUAGGUUUUGUUUUUGUUUGCUUGUGGUCUUUGUCACCUACAUGUACUGACAGUGCUGAGAACUAGAGAACUAGUCAGCUCUCCACAGACACACAGACGCCCAUGACUGAAGAUAUGUGUAUAUUUUUUAUUUUGCAACAGCGACUGAGGCCUACCUUGUAAGGUAGUCUAGUUUUGGAGUCAUGAGGAUGCAUUCCCAGUCAAGUGAGAUCUGUUCUCCACAUGCGUGUAACUUUUCAGUCAGCACACAGAGAUGUUGGACACUUUUGUGUCAACUGGUCAGUUUUGGUCAGUCAUCUAGCUGCUUCCUGGGAGCCCAUCUUCUAUGCCUCAGUACCUCUCAGGUGACUGUCAGCGGGAAGAUCAAAUGGGACGAUGUGAAAAUGGCACUUGUAAAUAAUCUUCAAUAAAUACAU